UAUAAACACGUUUAAUGACCUCUUCUCAUGAACCGCUUCAUGAAUCUUCAUCAAACUACUGCUGUAAUUAUUCGUCUAAGGAUAAACGAAACAAAAUUGCAACCCUACGAAACCUUUGCGAAAAAUUUAAAGAGAACCAUUUAAAUUGUUAAAGUGCGGUGUUUAGUUUUGCAAUUUGAAAAAUGUUAGAUGAAAGAUGAAUGUUAGAUGAAAAAUUCAUAAACUUCUUUCCUUAUACAAUUCGCCGACCAUCAUUUUUAAAGAUAUUUCUUGUUAUAUAUACCCCCACAACUCGCCGUAUUAAUUUACCGGGUCGCUAAUCCUAAUGAAAAUUGAUUAUUUAUUAUGCAAAUUAAUUCCCGCUUUCAAUUUACUAUACGUUACUGAUUGUUCGGCACAUUUUACGUGUCGCAUAUGUUUUUACAGAUGCCGACUGCUAUUACUGUUUUAACAAUUUAAAGCUCAUAAAAAAACAAGACAUAAAUCUUAAGGCGCACCCUUUUAAGUGUUUGGUAUACAAUGAAGAUUUUUUUUAUUGUUAUAGGUUUCUAUAUAACUCCUUGUCAGCAGUUUUGUUUGCUUUAUUACGUCUGGUAUGUGGGUUUAGAAAAGUGAUGUGGCAUGCUAAUUUAUAUUGCCUUAGCAACAUAUAUACAAUAUUUUCAUCCCCAUUUGUGAAAGAGGGAUCCAUAUGUUAGUUGUGCUAAAGAGUAUAUAGAUCAAUACAAAUAAAAGCUGAUUACUGAACAACUUCGCAAAAUCGACAAAUAAUUGCUGAUAAUGAAAAGGGUUGCUUCAAAAAUGUUUAAGCCCUUAAAUUAAAUCGAUCGUUAAUAUUGCUGAAAGCAGCGUGGUUUUAUAAUUACGUGUCACACCUGAGUGCUUUUUGUAACUAUGCAGAUGUUUUCUUUAUUCUUUGUUAGUUCAUGUUCAGUUCAUAACCAUCUUUGCUUUCCUAUUUUAAUGUGAAGAGUGAAAUUAUAAACGCUUCAGGAUGAAAGUCUUGAUAGAGUAUCAUUCUGCUAAUUAUUCACUUACCUGUAUAUUAGAGGGAUACUCAGGACUUUGAUUUUUUUCUGAUAACCUUCUUCUCCUCUGCUGCAAAUAUUUACGUAUCUAUAAAUUCUUUGCCAGCGAAUAAACAAUAUAAAGUGUGUGUUGUUAACCUUCCGAGGAAUUCGUUAAUCAUGCUCGCAAUUAGAGUUCAUCCAGCCACAUGUUAUUAUCAUUUGUUUGAAAUUUAAUUUGGAUACUCAUCAUCUGAAUUUUAUCUUUUAAAAUUAGGUCGAGCACUAUAUAGCUUACACUAUACUGAAAGAAUAUUUUUGCACUAGUGCUUUAAUCAAGUAUACGUUUAAUGAAAUCAUCAUGUACGCAAAGGAUGGAAUAAAUCGCUUAGGUGCUUUUGUAUUGUUUAUAACAAUGGUGGCAAGUAGAAAAGUGAAAGUUGCGGUAUAUGAGCAUGUUGUUAUUUCUCCCGAUGAUCCGGAAGCGUAUUUCACGAGACAAGAAGCUUAUCAGUGGAUGUUAAAGAAUUUAGAUGUGUUUGUUGAACAAGCUAAAGAUGCGGCUAAACAGGGUGCAAAGAUAAUUGUUUUCCCAGAAUACGGUAUAACCGGUUUUGACCAUUCACGUAAUUCAAUAGUACCUUUCCUAGAAGAUAUUCCUGAAGCCAGUAUUGACUGGAACCCAUGCAGGGACCCGGAACGUGUAGAAAACACACUCGUGCUACGAAAUUUGAGUUGCAUAGCCCAAACCAAUAAGAUUUAUGUUGUGGCUAAUAUGGGUGACAUAAAGAAAUGUGAUCGAAAUACUGACAAAACGUGUCCGCGUGACGGCCGCUACCAAUUUAACACCAAUGUUGUAUUUGAUGAUGAAGGAAAACUCAUAGCACGGUACCACAAACUAAACAUGUACGAUGAAACACCCUUGUUUGAUCCAGCUCCCACCCCGGAAUACGUUUUCUUUGACACACCUUUUGGACAAUUCGGGACAAUUAUCUGUUUUGAUAUCAUGCAAUAUUAUCCAACGCAAGUUCUGUUAAAUAGAUACGGUGUGCGGAACUUGCUCGUGACAUCGGCAAUGAACGUUUUUCUCCCAUUUAUCGUCCCGCUACAAAUGUAUGCUGGUUUAGCGAAGAAAAACCAUAUUAAUGUGAUUGCAUCCAAUGUCCGAAAUGCUCUAUAUCAAAUGGCCGGAUCGGGUAUCUACGGUGAAGGCGUCCAAGUUUCCUCUAAUGUAAACACUACAAGCAUGGAUGGAGUUCUUUUAGUUGCUGAACUUGAAACUGAAGUACCAGACAAAGGAGAGUCUACCGGAGUAACUCCAGUUGGGGACUUUAAACAUAAAUUCUUUAACAAAACAUUUUCAGGGAACUAUCAUUUCGGUUUGAACAUGACAUACAGUAUUCUGAAGGGAAGGUCUGGUUUUGUUGUAACGUGUGAAGAUGAUAUUUGCUGUGAUGUUACAUACGAGUUCAAAUAUCGGGAUGAAAAUGAAAUAUUUAUUCUAAGUGCAGUUGACGAAACCCUGUUUGAACCUGGAAUUAUACAUAUGCAGUAUUGUGCAGUAUUCAAAUGUUCACCAGACAAUACUUAUUCGUGCAAUUAUACAGAUAUUUCUGUAAACUCUGUGUUUGCAGACAUUAAACUUCAGGGAUACUUUGACAAUGGUGUGGUUUUUCCACUUGUGUCGACACUACAUAAUAAUAAGUUAGGUAAAACUGAGAUUAAAAUGGACAUGGAAAAAUAUCAGUUUGAUGAGAUAAAUGCUAUAUUGCAUAGCAACCAGUUGGAAAAUCCUCUUCUAACAGCAGUAGUGUUCAACACAGUUUACAAUGAGGAAUCAAAAACUGGUGCAUCUAGUAAUGCUCCUAAGCAGUGUCAGGAUGUAUUCAUCAUUCUGCCAUUACUGUCGAUGUUGUUGUGUCAAGUGUAUGUAUCCUAGUGUUGUUGUAAUACUUGUACAUCUUUCAUUCAGUCGAAUUCAUUGGUAAAAGAUAAUUAAUGCCUUUAAUUUUUAUAGCAUUUAAUAUUUUUAUCAUCUACAGGAAACCAUUUCGCAUUUUUGUAUGUUUUCAGCAGUAUCACUUCUAUUUGUCAUGUCAAACCAAUCUGUGAACUUAUUAUUUUAUAUGUAGCAAAGAUUUGAUAUCAGAUUUCAAAAAUAUUAGAUAUAGAUAUGUUUAUCCGGUGUGAAGUAUUCAUUUAUUUUAGCGGUUUCAUAUUUGCAUCUUGAGUAAGAACAACGCUUUUUCCCCCUGGAAUACAUACUUAUUAGGUGGCAGGUGAGUGCAUAUUUGCGAAUUCCACAUUGACGUGUGGGUACCAGUGUUGAAAUAUCCAUAGAUAUCUCGCUUUUGCUUAUUUUUCUUUGAAACUACUAUGGACUAUUGCAGAUACUAUAGACUACAUAAAGACGACUCUCCGACCCUAUGCACAUAUCGCUUUCCAUGCCAGAUGUAGUGCAAAUUGGUCAAAUCACCCAAAUUUUAUAGACCAAAAUUAGCCUAACCGGGCCUCACUUUGAACUCUGCCAUUCAUCCAUUUUGUAUUUUUAAAUCCAAUUUCGUAGCAUAUAUGUAUAGUGCGAACAUAGAUGCAUACCCAGGUGGUGUGGAAUGUGUUUCCCAACCACCACUUUAUUUCCCUAAUUUUCACUUGAAAAAGUGGAUGGAUGACAGCCGAGAGUCUGGCCGACUUUUUGUUCUGAUGUUUAUGUUUUAGCCUCAACGGGAAGUACGGAGCUAGGAAUUUUAAAACACCCGCCAUGUAGAAUCAUUAACCGUUCCUCAUUCCCCAGAUAUAUUAAAGAAUUGAUAAUGAUAAAUAACCAGUAAGAUAGAUAUGCCUUUAUAUCUACCCUGUCCUGUUUAUACAGAAAAUCGACCGGGGCCAAACUACGAAAUCGCUCCCCUGCCACCUUAUGCCAUUACCUAUGUCUUCUCUACAACAUACAAUAUUAGAAGUAUAACCUAUAGAAAACACUUUCCUCUACUUAGUAGAUAGGUUAUUGCCUGCUUAACUUGGCUUAAUGUUUCUUUAAUGUAGAUAAAAAAAAGGAUGUUAAGUGUACUGACAUAAUUCUGACGUGGGAUUAUUUUUGCAUACGUUAUCAGUGACUUUUAUGUUUAACAAAAUUCAGAAUUAAGAUUCAAUACAGUUUGAUUCUUUUGAAAGCCGGAUAAUAAAAAUAUUUUAUUUUAACGAUCAUUACAAUAUAUCGUAUGUACAUAUACUGCUUUUGCUUUGUCUAAUUAAUCGAUAAGAAUCUUCUCAGCAUAGCGAAUAUAAGCUCUUACCUUAAAACGCAAUAAACACUGACAGUUAAUGAUAAAGCGCUGAUGGUAAUACCUAUUAUCUUCUCUACAGCAUGCAACAUUAGGAGUACUACCUUUAGGCCAAAUAUCAUAGAAAACACUUUCCAGUACUUAGUAGAUUUAUUGCCUGCUUAAGUUGGCGGGACGCUACUUUUAAUGAAGAUAAGACUGGAUGCUAAGUGUACUGACAUAAUUCUGACGUCGGAUUAUUUUUGCAUAUAUUAUCAAUGGCUCCUAUGUUUAAUAUUCAAAUUCAGAACAGUGUAAACUUUGGAAAGCCAGAUAACAAAAAUGUUUGAUUUGAACGAUCAUUUACAAUAUGUUGUUUGUAAUUAGUUUUUAUCGCUCAUGUGAAUACAUCUUAUAUUGUUCAGGUAUAUUCUGUUGAUGCAUGAGAAUUUUAGUAAAGUUUAAGUGGUAGUUUUUCUACGCUGUUACCUUUGCAUACAGGGAUAGCUUGUUUUAUUUUUUAUCAAUCUUCUCUACCUAGCGAAUAUAAGCUCUUACGUGAUAAAUAUUUUAAAACGCAAUAAACACCAAUAGUUAAUGUUGAAACGAAACAAUAAAAGUGCGAAAGGGUGAUGUGCAAAAGAAAAGAAAUAUCUGAAUAAUAUACACUAAUGAAGUGGAAAAAUAUUCACAGGUAAUAUUAAAAGAAACAAAGAAAUUUCAUAACUGUUUGAAAUAAAA